AUGAUCCGGAUUAUUCUGUGUUUGAAAGUCCUUCCCACCACCACCGGUAACCAGAAAGAGAAAAAAGAAAUUGAAGAUCUCAACUAAAAUUUUUAGUGUUAAUUAGAAACCAAAUGUACUCUUCUUCCCAUCAACGCAUGCUUCACACAAGCUCCAAAAGCAUCAUCACUUGGUUGAUCUUAAUCACCAUUGUACUCUACACCCUUUAUUCUUCCAACAUUAUCCUCUUCAACAAUGAACAACUAGAUUGUUCCACUUCCACCACCAAUUUAAAGGAUGCCACGCAAGAAAACCUCCAGAUAAGUAGUUUCAACAACACAUCUUCAACUACAGCUACCGAGAAAAGCAUUGAAACGAAAAAACCAUUAGUAGAAAACCAAGCAAAAGAGGAUGACGAAGAAGACGAAGAAUCUCGUGCAGAAGACACAAACGAAGAGGAAGAAAACAAAUCUCCUGUGGUAGUUCGAUUAACCCCGGAACAAUUGUCUAAUAGACAUGAAACUGAGCUUAAACACAUUGUUUUUGGGAUUGCUGCUUCAUCAAACUUAUGGCAUAUUAGAAAAGAAUACAUUAAGAUAUGGUGGAGACCUAAACAAACUAGAGGGGUAGUGUGGAUGGAUAAAAAAGUUAGGACUCUAAGAAAUGAAGAGUUACCCGAUAUUCAUAUCUCAGGGGACACAUCAAAAUUCAGAUAUACGAAUCGUCAAGGUCAAAGAUCAGCGUUAAGGAUAUCAAGGGUGGUGACUGAGACGUUGAAGCUUGGACUGAAGGAUGUGAGAUGGUUCGUGAUGGGGGAUGAUGACACUGUGUUUAUGGUUGAUAAUGUGGUUAGAAUUCUAUCCAAAUACGACCAUAGACACUUUUAUUAUAUUGGAAGCUCAUCUGAAAGCCAUGUUCAAAACAUUCAUUUCUCAUAUGCCAUGGCAUAUGGUGGAGGAGGAUUUGCCAUAAGCUACCCAUUGGCCCAAGAACUAGCAAAGAUGCAGGAUCGUUGCAUUCAACGAUACCCUGCUUUAUAUGGUAGUGAUGAUAGAAUUCAAGCUUGCAUGUCUGAGUUAGGAGUGCCACUCACAAGGGAACCUGGCUUUCACCAGUAUGAUGUAUAUGGAGACCUAUUGGGCCUUCUAGGAGCACAUCCAGUGACUCCACUUGUGUCACUACACCACCUUGAUGUAGUGCAACCAAUAUUCCCAAGGAUGACAAGAGUAAGAGCCUUGAGGCAUCUAAUGGAAGCUGUGAAUCAGGACUCUGGCAGCAUAAUACAACAAUCAAUAUGCUAUGACAAAAGCAAUUAUUGGUCAAUAUCUGUUUCAUGGGGCUACGUGGUUCAAAUCUUAAGGGGAGUGUUGUCCCCUAGAGAAAUGGAGAUGCCAUCUCGAACCUUUCUCAAUUGGUACAAAAGGGCUGAUUACACUGCAUAUGCAUUCAACACAAGGCCUGUUGCUAAACACCCUUGUCAGAAGCCCUUCGUUUACUAUAUGACCAGAACUCAUUAUGACUCCGCCACAAAAAACAUCAUUACUGUUUAUACUCGUGACAAAACAAAAUCCCCUUUCUGUCGAUGGAGAAUGAAUUCACCCGAGAAAUUCACCUCCGUUGUAGUUACAAAGAAACCAGAUCCAUUGCGUUGGAAAAAGUCACCGAGGAGGGAUUGUUGUAGAGUUUUGUCAUCACAUAAAAGCUCAUCAACUCUAUAUAUAUGGGUUGGAAAUUGUCGAGAAGGCGAAGUUACUGAAUUGUAGCAUGUGAACCCUCACGUAUUGUUUUGUCUUCAUAUAUAUUGUUUCUAAUAUACUUCACUAUGCAUAGAAAUAAAUGAGUACAAAAAGAUGGAAACUAAGCUUCGAAAUAUAUAUUCCCAAAAUUUAGUCUCUAGUUACACCAAACCCCCUCCAUUUGGCACAAGUAAAAUUGCUUCAUUUGACUAAUGUUUUGUCAUCUUCUGUUAUGAUUAUUUCUCUUUUUUUCCUCUAUGUAAAUUAUACAAAGCAUA